GUUGGGUUGCGCGCCUUUUCUUGCAAUGCAUUCUGAAGCAACUCGAAAAAGACCAAAUGGUAUCGAUAUCGACUCUGUUAUCAAUCUACCAACUAUAGAAAACUCUAGAAAGCGUAAGAAAAGUCCGGAAAAUGGAAGGUUGACUCUCCAUAGUCACCAAGUCGAUAUUAACAACUUGACCCAAAAUGGGUCUGUUACAAGUGAGAUAGAUAGUCACACAGUGCCACGAGAUCCCUCUGAAGAUAAAACAAACGACAGAUGGGAUGAUAAGGAAACGUUUGAAGACUUGAAUAAAGAGUUCAUGGAGAGAAACCAAGAUCGUGCAAGUGCAGGAAUCAUUGAAAAGGUAUUCUUGAUGAACUUUAUGUGCCAUCGAAGCUUCGAAGUCAUAUUGGGUCCCAACGUGAAUAUACUACAAGGACCUAACGGUAGUGGUAAGAGUGCCGUAAUAGCAGCAAUUCAGGUUGCUUUAGGAAGCAAGGCUCUAUCUACAGAGCGUGGUCACUCAUUAUCCGAGUUGGUUCUCCAAGGUGCAGAUUAUGCACUGAUAAGACUUCGUAUCAAGAAUAAGUCACCAGCUCAACAACAAGAGUUGUACGAUAAUCGAUAUCGACCCGACCUCUUCAAAGAUGCUAUUGUUAUUCAACGGAAAAUCUUCAGAAAUGGAGGUAGCGAAUGGAGCCUUUUUGAUGCAGAAAACAGAAAAAUGGAAGGUCUUAAUCCUCGACAGGAAGUGGAGAAAUUACUGCGUCAUUUUAAUAUUUAUGUCGAGAAUCCAGCCACUAUUGUUCCACAACAAAGGUGGAAAGAACUUUUACAAUUGAAGAAGGGUGAUGACCUCUAUGGAUUCUUUUUGGAAGCAACAGGACUCCGAAAUUAUGAACGCAACUUGAUGGAAUCUGAAAGUAAGAGAAAGCAAUCGGAAGUUGCAAUACAGCAAAAGCUAGAAAUGGUCCCUUCGUUAGAGAAAAAGGUGAAAUUUCUAGAACAAGAAAGGGGUGCCAUACAGAAUUUGGACCAAUUUAAGCAAGAUUUGAAUGAUUUGGAAAAGGAAUAUGCUUGGAGACUUGUAUUACAGGCGGAGAAACAAGUGGAUGAUAAAAGACGAGAACAAUAUGAGAAAGAAAAUCUUUUAGAUACAAAGAAAGAAGCUGUCAAGCAGUUGGAUAAUCAAAUUGACUCGUUAAAAGCCCAAGUGCAGGAGAAAGAAGGCUUUAUUAAUGAAGUGGCCGAAAGAAUGGAAGCGAUUCGUGAGCGACGCAAAGAAGUUGAUAGUGCCCAACGUCAAAAGCAAGUUACAAAAGAUAGUCGUGGAGCUGAAUUGACGGUUUGCAAAGCAGCAUUACAGAAAAUUAAGGAUUCCAUCAAUGAAUUAAAGGAAAGACACCGUCAACUAAGUGAAAACGACUCGUCAGAAUUGCAACAGACUAUUUCUAUCGAGAAUGAAGUCAACUCUUUAGUCCGUGAAAGAGAUUCGUUGGAUGAAGAUUACAAAAACAGUUGUCAUAUUAUCGAACGAAAGACAGAAGCACUUGAAAAAUUGGAAAAUGAACUGGAAAGAAUGAAUCUUUCUAUCCAGACUCUUAAACAAGAAGCUACAGAAGCUGAACAUGCAGUUGCAAAGUGGCAAAGAGCGUCCAGAGGAAAUGUUUGUGAACGUUUUGGAGUUGAUGAAGCAUUCAAGCGGAAUAUCGAUCGUUGUGUUGCUGCUGGAAUGUUUCAUCGACCUCCAAUAGGUCCUAUAGGGUCCUAUAUAAAGGUGAAAAAUGUAAAAUGGGCUCGAGCUAUUCAAGAGUGCAUUGGUAGGAAUAUUCUUGGAAAGUUUAUUGUGUCCGAUCAUCACGACCGCAAAUUAUUAGCAAGUCUUGGUGGAAAUGUCUCUGUGGUGGUUGUGACUUUCAAUAAUAGCCGUUAUACUUUGCGAAAUUCAGAUUUACACAAUUAUCGCACAAUGAUUGAUGAACUUCUUGUGACUGAUGCACUUGUAUAUAAUACUUUGCUUGAUUUAUGUGAAUUGGAUAUGAAUUUGUUGUUUGAUUCGUUACAUGAAUGCAUCGUUGUUGCUCAACAAAAACUGCCCAAUGUCAAAUGUUGUUGGUCUGUUGAAGGCAAAAGAGUUUUCAUGCGCAAUGGAGGCCUAUUCCAUAGAGGUUAUCUCUCCAAUGAUCCCAUUCUUCUUACUGAAGACUUUGGACGAGCUGAGAAGGAUGCAGCUGCAAGAUAUAAGAACUUGAAGGAAAAAAUUCAGUUAAACAUCAAACAAGCAAAGGAGGCUCAAAAGACACAACUGAAUCUAAGGCAGGAUAUAGAUCGUGCUAUCGAACGACGAAGAUGCACUUUAGAACAGAAGAGAAAUGUUGAAAGGAAAAUAGCUGAGAAGCAACAGGAACGUGAGGAUCUUGAAACUAUGAGAGAUAAUGACACAAUAACGGAGCGACUUGCAACGUUGAUGGCAGAAAAAGAAGAGAAGGAACAACAAAUUGUUCUUAUUGAAGGCACCAUAGAUGAGUUAAAUAAUGAACUCUCAACUCUUACGGAACAAAUGAACGAGCUGAGGAAUGAGGUUCACCGAUUGACUCAAAACUAUGACGAUAUUUACAAGUUUAUGCAGGACAAGAAGGAAGAAUGCGAAGGCCUGUAUAGAAAGAAAGCCGAAUUGCAAAGAGAGGUUGAACAGAACUAUUCCUACAUCGAAAUGAUCGCUUCUGAAGUUGUAACUUUGGAAAAUGAAUUGCAAACAAAGCGUAACGAAACACAAGAAAAAUACGGUCCUCCUUUAACAGAAUGGAAAUAUUCAUCUUUAGAGGCUGUGGAAAAUGCCAUUACAUAUUUGACAGAACAAAUCAAAGUGAUGAAUGAAAGGUCUCCUGGUAGGACUCUUGUACAGAUAGUUCAGGAAUUGAACGAAUGCAAGACGAAAUUAGAAAAAACGAAUAGACAACUCUCUCAUUUGCACACUGUAGUUAAGCGUAUAUCUGAUAAUAUAGCAAAUUGGAGAAAAUCCUAUAGUAAAAUGCAUAAGAGAGUGGAAAGAACUAUCCAGUUAUAUUUUGCUCUUUUUAUGAGUCAUCGAGGUCAUAAAGGAGAGUUGCAUAUUGACCGAAAGAGGAGAACUGUUUCUAUCAAAGUUUCUGUAGCUUCUCAGCGCAAAAGCAAUGGCACAUAUAUCUUAACGGAAGACCUGAAAUCUUUAUCUGGAGGAGAAAGAUCUUAUACUACACUAUCGUUUAUGCUAGCUUUAGGUGAAGCAUUGCAAGUGCCAUUUCGAAUAUUUGAUGAGUUUGAUGUAUUCAUGGAUGAAGGAAACCGUCACACUGCUUAUCAAAUUAUAUUUGACGAAGCCAAGUCGCAAAGGAAUAGACAAUUUAUCUUUCUGACUCCAUUGCAUCUCCCCUCAGUUAUUUGUAACAGUAAUGACUUGAGAUUUAUCACAUUACAGCCUCCUAGUAGAAACAGAUGGAUGAAUAUGGAACAACAGAUUCUGGAUGAAAAUGAAUAUUCUUAAACUACUUGAUCCUCCACUCCGUUGAAGACGUUCAUAGUCAUUUACAAAAAGAAUGGCAAUGUAUAUAUACACGUGAGACAACUCAUAUUACUGGCUUAAAAUUGUAGGUUUUUCUAUCCGUUGGGAAAACUAUAGAGAAAGCAGAAAGUAUUGAAUUCAUUUGAACGAUGAAAAAUAGAAGAAGCAGGAUGGGAAAAGCAAAUUUUAAGAUAAUAAAAAGUUACAUCGACAG